GAGCUCAAGCAAAAACUGUUGGAUGGUGUCGAUAUGGUGACGUCAGAUGAAACAAGAUGGCCUGCCAAACUGCACGGGCUUCCGGCACGUAUGGGAAAGCUGAAAACCUUAGAUCAAUUUGAUGCCGCGUUCUUUGGAAUACAUUCAAAACAAGCUCAUGUCUUGGACCCCCAGUCUCGGAUUCUUUUGGAAGUUACUUAUGAAGCAAUCGUGGACGCCGGAUACAAUCCAUCUGAAUUGAAAGGGAAUCGAGUUGGAGUAUUCGUAGGUGUGAAUGGAAGUGACACUGGCGCAUACUGGAGACAUAGUCCUGAUACAGUCAGUGCAUAUUGUGCGACGGGUGUGGAAAGAACCAUGCUUGCCAACCGAAUUUCGUACUUUUUUGACUUUAUCGGGCCCAGUAUGUGCAUCGAUACGGCUUGCUCUAGCAGUAUGAUGGCAUUUCAGAGAGCAUUCGCUUCAAUUAGAGCUGGUGAAUGCGAUGCUGCAGUGGUUGGCGGUUCCAAUGUUUGCCUACAACCUACAAUGUCUCUUCAGUACCAUCGACUAAAUAUGCUAAGCGAGGAAGGGAAGUGUAAAGCGUUUGAUCAGUCUGGUAACGGAUUUGUACGUGCAGAAGCGAUCAGUGCCAUAUUUUUGCAAAGGGCGAAAAAUGCGCGCCGAAUAUAUGCGACUAUUUUAGGAGCAAAGUCUAACACCGACGGUUACAAGGAGCAAGGAAUUACGUUCCCGUCGUGUAAAUUGCAAAGAAAACUAAUGGAAGAAGUAUAUAAUGAAUUCGGGAUUAACCCAGUGAGUGUGUCUUUUGUUGAAGCACACGGUACGGGGACUCAAGCAGGGGACCCUCAAGAGUUAAACGCAAUAGCAGAAGUACUUUGCAAAAAUCGUAAAGAACCGCUCUCCAUAGGGUCUAUUAAAAGUAAUUUGGGCCACUCUGAGUCUGCAUCGGGAGUAUGCGGUAUAGCGAAGGCUAUUAUUGCAAUGGAAUGCGGAAUUUUACCAAGGAACCUUCACUUCACUUCUCCAAAUACCCAAAUUGCCGCAUUGAGUGACGGAAGACUUGAGGUGGUUGCCCAAAAUAAGAAUUGGAGCGGAGGGAUAAUUGGGAUCAACUCCUUCGGAUUUGGGGGGGCAAAUAUUCACGUCGUACUACGUUCUAAUCCAAAAAGCAAGAAAGUCGCGGCUCCCGUAACGAUACCUCGUCUGGUGACGGUUUCAGGUCGAACACAUGAUUCUGUUUGUAAGCUAUUGGAUGGAGUGGAGCAAAACAAGCAUGACACUGAACUUAUGGCACUGCUUAACAGCGUGCACUCGCAUAAUAUAACUGGCCACGGCUUCCGAGGUUACCGUCUUCUAGGCAAGGAACUUGCACCAGAAAUCGCAAAUGUUACAUCUGAGAAACGACCCAUUUGGUACGUUUACACCGGUGUCGGAUGUCAGUGGCCCCACAUGGCUAAAGACAUGAUGAAAUUUGAAGAGUUCCGAAAUUCUAUUAGAGAAUGCGCUGCAAUUUUGAAACCAUACGGUGUAGAUGUGGAAGACCUUGUUUUGAAUAGCAGCGCUACUAGUUUGGAAAAUGUUGUAAAUUCUUUAGUGGCUAUUAAUGCUGUACAAAUUGCUUUAACUGAUUUCUUAAGUACAUUAGGAAUUAAACCAGAUGGCUUCGUAGGUCAUUCGGCAGGAGAACUUGGCAAGUACUUUCUACCUGUUUCUCAGUUAAUUAAUGAUUUCCAGCAUGUGCCUACGCGGAUCAAGGUUUAA